AUGCUGUUGCUCUAUAAUGAUCAUAGGGUGGGUGCGGAGUGCCGUCGGCGGGGACCCGCGGGCGCAGAGCGGCUCUUCGUGGGAGCAGUGGUCGCUUUAAAAACCAAACCACUCGCCGCUCCAGCCUCGGCGCUGGGCGGCCAGCGGCUCGCCUCCCAGAAGGUUCCGUUGACAGCCGCAGACCCCCACGCGCGCCCUCCGCGCCGGCUUUCCCGCGUGCAAACGGGAGUCGGGGGGGCGCCAAGGGGCCCAGGUGAUGAUUCCAGGACAGCGGCCCGCCGCUGUGCCACUUUGCAUCCCGCGCCCGAGGAGACGCUGAGGAAAGCCGGUAAGGUGCGUGAAUCGCAGCGUUUUAACUUUGUUGUGGGUCCCGACGUGGUUGCGGGCAGCCCUCCAAGGCGCAGCGCUCUCCCCGUGCCCGCCGCGCCGCACUCGCUCGCGGCUCCAGCUGGAGAGCCGGCGAAGGAGGGAGGGGGCCGCCGGCGGAGUUUCCUCAAGUACGGAGGGAGGGGGACAGGGUGGGGGCGCGGGGAGGCGGGAGGAGGUUCGGGGCUGACAGCCGCCCCGUCCCCCACCCCCGCUCGGGGCACGGCCGUCCGCCGGGGACCCCGGAGUGCGGGCUUGGACCCAGUUCAGCAAACGGGCUAA